CGCCCCUCUCCCAGCCUCCCUCGCGGCGGGCGGGCGGGCGGGCGCGCGGAGGCCGAGGGGCCGGGCCGGGCCUGGGUUCAUGGCGGUGGCGGCAGUCGCGGUCUCGGUCUCCUGAGCCGGGCCCGGCGGCAGCACCGGCACCGCUCCCACCAUGCACAGCUUGGCCACGGCCGCGCCCGUGCCAACAGCGCUGGCUCAGGUUGACCGUGAGAAGAUCUACCAGUGGAUCAAUGAGCUGUCCAGCCCCGAGACACGGGAGAAUGCGCUGCUGGAGCUGAGCAAGAAGCGUGAGUCUGUGCCUGACCUCGCCCCGAUGCUGUGGCACUCCUUUGGUACGAUCGCAGCGCUCCUUCAGGAAAUUGUAAAUAUUUAUCCAUCCAUCAACCCUCCGACUUUGACAGCCCAUCAGUCCAACAGAGUCUGCAAUGCUUUGGCUCUGCUACAGUGUGUUGCAUCGCACCCUGAAACAAGGUCAGCUUUUCUGGCAGCUCAUAUUCCUCUCUUCCUGUACCCCUUCUUGCACACAGUGAGCAAGACACGUCCGUUUGAGUACCUGCGGCUCACGAGCCUUGGCGUGAUUGGGGCCUUGGUGAAAACUGAUGAGCAAGAAGUGAUAAAUUUCUUAUUGACAACAGAAAUUAUCCCCCUGUGCUUACGCAUUAUGGAGUCUGGCAGUGAACUCUCCAAAACGGUUGCUACAUUUAUUCUUCAGAAAAUCCUCCUGGAUGACACGGGGCUGGCAUAUAUCUGUCAGACUUAUGAGAGGUUUUCCCAUGUUGCCAUGAUACUGGGUAAAAUGGUCCUGCAGCUCUCCAAGGAGCCGUCGGCACGGCUACUGAAACAUGUGGUUCGCUGCUACCUUCGCCUUUCUGAUAACCCCAGAUGUAGGGCACGUGAAGCUCUCAGGCAGUGCCUUCCUGACCAACUGAAGGACACCACCUUCGCCCAGGUCCUGAAGGAUGACACCACCACGAAGCGCUGGCUGGCUCAGCUCGUCAAGAACCUGCAAGAGGGUCAAGUCACUGACCCACGGGGUAUCCCUCUUCCUCCGCAAUGACUGCUGGGGGAGGUAGGGGACCGGGGAAGAAACAGCUCAGGUUUACAAAGAACCGGGAACAGGUGACCUCUUCCGCAGCAAACUGGGCACGCCAGCUGGCUGCUGGCCUGUCGGACCAUCCCGCCCAGCCAAGGGGCUGGUCUGCAGCAAUGCAGCAUGCCUCUGGGGAUCGCAACACCAGCAAAUGCUGAUACUACAGCUUAAAAAAAAAAAAAAAAAAUAUUGGGAAGAAAAAAAAAAAAAAAAAAAAUCAAUAAAAACGAUCUGUAAGGAUCCCCAUCUUUCCAGGAGGCUUGGCUGGCAUCUCUCCCCCCACGGCCAGGCGGGGGCUGGUGCGGAUGUCCGCUCCUUCCAGCUAACGCAGCCUCCGCCCAGGCGGUGCGUGACACGGGGCGCGUGCGCCGUGUCCCUCCAGUUCCUUGUCACUUCUUGUUUACGUGUCUGUUUAGAUGAGUGAGCUGAAUAAAAGCCGAUCAAGUUGGUUUAGCCCCUCUUAAGACCGCUACUCAGCUGCAGGUAGCCCAGGGACAGCUUUCUUCCCCGCCAGCACAUCCUUGCUCCUGGCUCUGCACCCGGCUGGCGCAACGAGCUUCUCUCUUCCUUUCCUUUGGUGUGGAGGCUGUGGCUGGAGCUGGGCCACCGCGGUGCUUGCCCCAAGAAGGGGGGGGUGGGGGGGGGGGUUGGAUUACUUACGAUGAGCCCACACAUCAUAAGCGUGCUUCCUCUGGGGGAGGAGAAGACAGCAGGACUGUGGCUCUUGUGCUGUAAAUAGCAUGCUCCCGCAGCUAACCAGCGGCCUGAGGCUGAUGUGUGCUGGCCUCCCAUCUAGCCCAGCUCUCGCCCAGCGGGGCUGCGGGCUGGCUCAUCAAACAGAGCUCGGCGUUAGGAAACCUGCCUGGUGCUGGGCAGGCCACUGGCCGAUCGUCCCCUGCCGCGGGAGAGCUGGGAGCGACAUCCUGCGGGCUCCAGGUACGCCGGCUUCCGCGCCCGCUGCUGCCUGCCAGGCGCCUCUCAGUCCUGGCUCCCCUCCUCUCCCCCCCCCCCCCCCCCCCUCCAGCUCAUCUCUGCCAGCCGGGUGCAUCCAGUUCAGCUUUCAAACCUGCCUUGGCGUCUGUCUUGGCCCCACCGCAAUUAAACUGGACCAGCAGCCUCUUACCUGCCUUCCCUGCGCCCAGGGGUCAGUGUGGCCGCAGCGGGUGCUCUCGGACGCAGCCGAGGAGCUCCCGGGCUCUGCUGCAGGGGGAGCCUGCUCUGCCCGCUCUUGGCUGCAGGCAAGCCUGGGCAGCUACUCGAUUUCUCCCCCCCCCCUCCUCCUCUAUCCCAUUUUGCUGAUCAUCUGCAGCGUCGUGCCAACAGUGUCUUAAAUCCCAUCUCGUUUCCCUUCCCUCCUCCCCUCGCAGCCUUGCGUAACCAGGGCGAGAGCACAGCCACUUCCUUGCCCCCGGGGUCCCAUUUUAUAACCAUCGCUGCCUUUUCCUUCUCAUCAACCCUGACCUUGACAGGGUGUGAAAAUGCUUCUGUUUAGUUUGGUUGUUUUGUUUGUUUGUUUGGUUUUUUGUAAGUUCAGAUUAAUAAACAAUAAAACCCCAGUCAGCACA